AUGUUGGAAAGACUUAUUGCAAACCGUUUGCCCAUAUCAAAUGUUUUAGCUGAUAGAAAUGUGACUACUUUUUCUAUAGCUAAAAAACUUGAAAUAACGGAGGAACAAUGGACGAAGAUGGAAGAAUUAGCAAAUCUGUUGAGACCAUUGCAAAUGGCCACAACGGUUUUUUGUGGAGACAACUACUCUCCUGCGUCUAUAGUGCGUCCAUUAAUUUGGAAGCUAGUCCACCAUCAUAUGCAAUUGGUUUUUCAAGAUUCGGAUCUAACAGCUACAUUUAAACAAUUCGUCUCCACAGAAUUGCAGAAGCGCUUUAAGCUCACCGAAUGGGAAAAUUUCUCCAACGUAAGCGCACGCCUUACUGCCUCAUUCUUGGAUCCUCGAUCCAAGAAUUUAGAAAACGAAUUAGUUGAGACAAGGCAAAAGGUAAAAGAACAUGUCCGCAGUCUUAUGGAUACAGUACCAAUAAACACAACAUUUAAUGCACAAGAUGACCUAGAAAAAACUGAACACAAAACUGCUUUAAGGUUUUUAUUUUAUCAGCCAAUGCAUUGUAUUAAUGAUGUGGAAUCUCAAUUUCAAGCUUAUCUUUCAGAGCCACAACUGCGAGUUGAUUUAGAUUAUUUAGAGUGGUGGAAAACACGAGCUGAUAAAUUUCCAGCAUUGGCCAUUUUAGCUAGAAAAUAUUUAAGUAUUCCUGCGACAUCGGCGAGUGCGGAGCGUACUUUUUCUACAGCUGGGAAUAUUGUUACCCCAAAACGAAAUUGUUUGUCUCCUGAAAAUGUUAACAUGCUUGUAUUUCUUUACCAGAACAAGUCUGUAUAUACAUGA